UCAUUUGUGUGUGUGAGAAAGAGAGAGAGAGAGAAUGGAAACAAAAGAAGCUCAAGCAUUGCUAGAAGGCCAAGCAGAAAUUUGGCAACAUUUAUUUGGCUUUGCAGACUCCAUGGCAUUGAAAUGUGCUGUGGAGCUCCGCAUUGCUGACAUUAUAAACUCUCAUGGUGGUCCGAUCACUUUGUGCCAAAUAGCAGCCGGAAUAGAUAACUCCCCUUCUCUUGAUAUUCCCUACCUCGCACGUAUCAUGAGAUCACUAGUCCGCAAAAAGAUCUUAACAGCACAUAAUCCAUCAGAUGGUGGGGAUACUCUCUAUGGAUUGACCCCUGCAUCAAAAUGGCUUUUGCAUGAUGCUGAGCUAAGCCUAGUGCCAAUGGUAUUAAUGGAGAACCAUCCAUGGCAAUUGGCACCAUGGCAUUACCUUAGCCAAUGUGUCAAAGAAGGUGGUAUUGCCUUUAAGAAGGCUCAUGGUUGUGAGAUGUGGGACUUUGCAUCAAAAAAUCCUGAAUUCAACAAGAUCUUCAAUGAUGCCAUGGCAUGUUCGGCUAAGAUUGUGAUGGGGGUGGUCCUAGAAGAAUACAAGAAUGGGUUUGAUUGCUUGGGAUCAUUGGUGGAUGUAGGAGGUGGGACAGGGGGAAUGAUAGCUGAGAUUGUGAAAGCACAUCCACACAUCAAAGGUACCAACUUUGAUUUGCCACAUGUUGUUGCUACAGCACCAAUUCGCAAGGGGGUCUCCCAUGUUGGAGGUAACAUGUUUGAGUCCAUUCCUACAGCUGAUGCAAUCUUCAUGAAGUGGGUACUACAUGAUUGGAGUGAUGAACAUUGCAUCAAGAUAUUGAAAAAUUGCAGAAAAGCAAUAUCAGAAAAGAUUGGAAAGGUUAUUAUUGUUGAUAUUGUACUUGAAAAGGAUAACAACGAUCUAUUUGAUGAGACCCGCAUGGUAUUUGAUUUGUUGAUGAUGGCACACACCUCUGGAGGAAAGGAAAGGACUGAGCUAGAAUGGAAGAAAUUAUUGGAGGAGGGAGGUUUUCCUAGCUACAAAAUCAUCAAAAUUCCAACUAUGCCAUCCAUUAUUGAGGCCUAUCCACUGUGAGAUAGAAUUAUUGGACUUGUUUUGGAAAUGAAGGAGAAGAAGAAAACAAAUCCAACACAAAUAAGAAGUAGUUCUGUUACAUAAACGAUUUGGUUUAGUUUGAUUAGUAAAACAAACCAUUGUCAUUUCUUUUCAUCUUCAAAAUUUCUCUUUCAUUUUGAUUGGUCAAUAUUACUUG